CUGCUCCGCUGCAGCUGCUCGGUCAACGAAUGGCAUCUUUCUCGACAUCACGGGGCUGAAAACCCCACUCCGCUGAUGAUUAAUUUAUAGCUUUAACACACAGCAGGUUGCAGAACAUCUGAUCGUUUUUCAAAACGGCCCGGUUUCCAGCCAUAUGAAUAAAAAAACAGUAUACCCCAUUUUUUUGUCGAUGACAGGGACUCGCUAUUCAACCAGCAUGAAAUAAUUCUAUUGCAUGAAGGGAUUGGAGCCGGGAAAGACAGCAUGAAGUUACAAAUCUCCGGUCUUUUGCUCGUAACUGCAGUAGCCUAUGCAACGAUAGAAGCUCCUGAGGAGUUUGUCUCACUGGCUGAGAUGGAGGACACUUUGUUGAGGAAUCUUUUUCGGGGCUAUCAGAAGUGGGUGAGACCUAUCCUUCACGCCAACGACACGAUUACCGUUCGCUUUGGUCUGAAGAUCUCGCAGCUGGUGGAUGUGGAUGAAAAGAAUCAACUAAUGACCACAAAUGUCUGGUUGUGGCAGGAGUGGACAGACUAUAAGCUUCGGUGGAAUCCGGAAGAUUAUGGUGGAAUCACAUCCAUCAGAGUGCCCUCAGAAACGAUCUGGCUACCAGACAUUGUCCUUUACGAGAAUGCUGAUGGCCGAUUUGAGGGUUCUCUGAUGACCAAAGCCAUUGUAAGGUUUAAUGGUACCAUCAUGUGGACUCCUCCUGCCAGCUAUAAAUCCUCCUGUACCAUGGAUGUCACCUUUUUCCCCUUCGACAGGCAGAACUGCUCGAUGAAGUUUGGAUCGUGGACGUACGAUGGCACUAUGGUGGACCUGACUCUGUUAGACGCAUAUGUAGACCGUAAAGACUUCUUUGACAAUGGCGAAUGGGAAAUACUAAACGCCACCGGCCAGAGGGGAAGUCGGCGUGAUGGCAUUUACUCUUAUCCUUACGUCACAUAUUCGUUCAUUCUGAAACGUCUUCCUCUAUUUUAUACACUCUUUCUCAUCAUCCCAUGUCUGGGUCUGUCGUUUCUCACGGUUCUGGUCUUCUACCUCCCCUCGGAUGAAGGAGAAAAGCUGUCCCUCUCCACCUCCGUCCUUGUGUCUCUCACUGUGUUUCUUCUUGUCAUUGAAGAGAUCAUUCCAUCUUCCUCUAAAGUCAUUCCUCUGAUAGGAGAGUAUCUGCUUUUUAUCAUGAUCUUCGUCACAUUCUCGAUCAUCGUGACUGUGUUUGUCAUCAACGUCCAUCAUCGUUCUUCUGCCACGUACCAUCCAAUGGCACCGUGGGUUAAGAGUCUAUUCCUUCAGAGAUUACCCAUACUGCUCUGCAUGAGGGGACAUACUGAUCGUUAUCAGUACCCAGACAUCGAGCUGCGGAGCCCAGAGCUAAAACGAGGGAUGAAAAGAGGGCAACAGAAGAGUGCCGGAGGAGGGCGAGGAGGGUUAAAGGAAGAUGAGAAUCAGGCCUGGAUUGCCCUGUUGGAGAAAGCCACUCACUCAGUGCACUACAUUUCCAGACACAUCAAGAAGGAACACUUCAUCAGAGAGGUUGUUCAGGAUUGGAAGUUUGUGGCUCAGGUAUUGGACCGGAUCUUCCUCUGGGUCUUUCUUACAGUUUCUGUGCUUGGGACCGUCCUCAUCUUCACCCCAGCUCUGCAGAUGUACUUCAGCACAUAAAAAAACAGCCUACCAAAUCUCCUUUACCCUUGACAACAUUCUUAUGACCCCUCUGAAAUAUAUGUAGUUCCCACAAUAUCCCAGUAAUCCUUCUAAACGUCAUUUUCUGACCUAGCCACAUCUGUAAUCCUCCUAGAAUUCAGCUCCUAGCUCU